AUGCUAAGUCGCUUUGCUCUGACACCUAGAUCAAGUAUUCGACUGAGUAAAGUAAGCUACUUAGCUAGCUAUGCUGGAAGCACUUCAGUUUUUGCGAACCUCGCAGCUGAAAGACCUUACGCAAAGAAAGCGAGCGGCAAAAAGAGGAAGGACGACGCACUGAAGGAGCUCAAAUUUGAAAUUCCAAAUUACACCUCGGUCAAUAACCUCUCUAACCUGAUCAAUGUCAAAAUUGGAACUUUAAUCCGUGACCUCACUAAAAUGGGCUUUUCCAAUGUCACCAACAAUUAUAUUCUAUCCAGAGAGUAUGUGGAACUGAUCUUGAUGAGCUACAAUUACAAGCUUGACAACCAGGGUCCGACUCUGACUCCAGAUAAUGUUUAUGAUGAACUGAAGUCUCCCAUCAAUCCGAAAAAUUUGUCUAGAAGGCCACCAAUAGUGACUAUCAUGGGCCAUGUCGACCAUGGAAAGACCACCAUCCUGGAUUUUUUACGUAAUUCAUCGGUUGUUUCUCAAGAACAUGGGGGUAUUACUCAACAUAUUGGUGCUUUCCAAGUCGAAGCACCGCUAUCGAAAAGAAAAAUAACUUUUCUGGAUACUCCUGGCCAUGCGGCCUUUUUGAAGAUGAGAGAAAGGGGCGCCAACGUUACUGAUAUUGUGGUACUUGUUGUCUCGGUAGAAGAUUCCAUUAUGCCCCAGACACUAGAGGCAUUGAAACACGCCAGAAACUCUGGUAAUCAAAUGAUUGUGGCUAUUACUAAGAUCGAUAGGUUUUCGAACCCCAAACAGAGAGCCGAUGCGAUCGAAAAGGUCAACAUGGAUCUUAUUUCUAAUGAAGUACCAACUGAGCGGAUAGGAGGCGAUGUCCAGGUUGUGCCAAUAAGUGCUAGAACUGGUGAGAACAUGGAUCUCCUCGAAGAGACAAUAGUUUUACUCAGCGAUAUUAUGGACCUCAAAGCCGAAAGUGGCAACAAGGCUGUCACCGAGGGAUAUGUUAUUGAGAGCGAAGUCAAAAAAUCCAUAGGUAAUGUUAGCACAAUUCUUGUCACAAAAGGCGAUUUAGUAAAGGGAAGUGUUUUGAUUUGUGGGAACACAUAUUGUAAGGUUAGAAGCAUGUCAGAUGAGCAGGGAGUAAAUGUUAUCAAAGCAGUACCAGGAUCUCCAGUAGAGGUAACAGGCUGGAAGGAUCUACCCGCUGCCGGAGAUGAGGUCGUCCAAGUUAAGAGCGAGGCAAUCGCUAAAAAGUUUGUUGCCAAGAAAUUGGCUGUCAUUCAAGCUGCCAAAGAAGCGGAAAGCGUGGAGAAAAUGAACGAUGAAAGGCAACGGGAGGUCUAUCUGAAGGAGAAAAAAGAGGAUGUUGAUGAUGGGCGGGAUGAAAUAGAAGCUAAUCAUGUGCAUGCUGGCCCAAAAAAGAUAAAUUUUAUUGUUAAGGCGGAUGUAUCAGGAUCGGUGGAGGCCAUUGUCGAGAGUAUUUCAUCUCUAGGAAAUUCGGAGGUGAUCUGCAACGUAGUUUCAGCAACAGCUGGAGUUCCAAACGAGAACGACAUGAAAAUGGCGCGUAUAACAGACAGCAAGAUACUUUGUUUCAAUUUAGGAUCACUUCCUAGUGAUAUAACGAACAAUAGAGACAAAAUAGCUGUUGAGCAGUUCAAUGUCAUUUAUAAACUGAUAGAAUACGUCACUGAGACUCUCACCAACAAUUUGACCCCCAUAUUUGAAACUAAGCAAGUCGCUCAAAUUGACAUCAGAGAUAUUUUUAAUUUUACCGCUAAGAAGAAGAUUAUAAAGAUCGCGGGAUGCAGAGUAACAAAUGGUCAGGUAGCUAGAAAUUCCAUGGUUAAGAUUAUAAGAGGGCCAAACGAGGAUAUCAUAUUUGAUGGCCAUAUCGCUACCUUGAAACAAGGCAAGGAGGACGCACCUUUAGUCAAAAAGAAUAGUGAAUGCGGAAUUACUUUCGAAAAUGGUUUCGAGGGAUAUGAGCCGGGUGAUAGAGUUGUGGUCUAUGAAAGGAUACAAGUGCCCAGGUAUUUAUAA